AUGACUCGUGGGAUGGGACAGGGCACUACUGACCAUCCAGAUCCCCCCCAACAUCAACCUGCAACCAAUAAAGAUGUUACUGCUACUCUUGGGGAUGAUGCCACCUUUGCCCCCUCCAAGAUCAGGUGGGAAACCACCAAUUUUGAUGGCACUACCCCUCUCAUAUCCUGGCUCACUGCACACCCAGCUGACUGCCAUGUACUAUUCUCCAAUAACAAAAAAAGACACAACAUGACAAUCAGCACUGAUCAUUCUUCUGGCAGGAUCAAAGCAGAUAUUCACCUUGUAAUCGCCAAACAUAUCUUUGAAGAUAACCCAGUAUAUGGUGCCCAGUAUGCUGUAGCAGGAAACCAGCCAAAGUUUGGCCAUGCUGUUGCUAAUCAGCUCACAUAG